AUGCUUGGCCUAUUGAAUGCAGAGUUCAACAUGUUCAAGAGGGGGGGAGCAGCUGCGGCAGCACCUGCUGUAGAAAGGGCUGGAGAAGGUACCACAGGUGUUGGCUGCCAUGGGGAACCCCGCCGCACCCGCGCCCUGCGCGCCGCCCUCCAGGAGCACGGCCAGCCGGGCGGCACAGAUGCCAGCUGGCAGGGGCAGUGCCUCACUGACACGUGUCGUGGCGCCCUGCUCAUUCGCCUGGGGGAGAGCAUGAUGGGAGGGAAGGUGCCUCCCCAUGUGCCUUACUCUAUGUCUCCUCCUGCCACCCUCUGCCCCCCAUCGUUCUGCCCAUCUCUCCGCGUGACUGCCCGGAUCAGGCCUGGGCAGGCGGGGCAGCAGCAGCAGCAGGCCCCGUCCCUUUCUCGCGCCUGUCCCUCUUUUACGCCCGUCCCUCUCUCACACCCGUCCCUCUCUCACACCCGUCCCUCUCUCACACCCGUCCCUCUCUCACACCCGUCCCUCUCUCACACCCGUCCCUCUCUCACACCCGUCCCUCUCUCACACCCGUCCCUCUCUCACACCCGUCCCUCUCUCACACACGUCCCUCUCUCACACCCGUCCCUCUCUCACACCCGUCCCUCUCUCACACCCGUCCCUCUCUCACACCCGUCCCUCUCUCACACCCUAGUCCCUCACUCACACUCGUCCCUCUCUCACACCCGUCCCUCUCUCUCUCCUGUCGCCCAUUGGCUCCCAUAA